AUGUCGGUGUUGAGAUUGCUGCGCCGCAGGACCACUUGGGCGUACAUCGUCCUGGCUGUUUCAUUUCUCUUCCUGCUCGGGGACCGUCUAUUCCAACUACUAUCUCUCGCUUCAAGCGCCGUGCCGUCUCCACCUACCUCUGAAGAAGCUCACAACUGGAACCUCUUCUAUCACCUCGGUGGCAAUGGCCCGUGGAUCCCAAAGCAUACCCGGGGAGGUACCCCAGAUGAUGCCUUACCGGAUGGCUGCAUGGUCGACCAGGUGCACAUGAUGUCUCGGCACGGGGAGCGAUAUCCAACAAGAAAUGCCGGCAGCCGCCAUCUCCAGCUUCUGGACAGGCUCAAGGCGCCCGAUGUUUCCUUACAAGGAGCACUCGAGUUUCUCAAUCAUUGGACUUAUUUCACCAGCCAACAAGAUCCUGCGUUCGAGAAUCUCACUGCUGAAGGGCCCUACGCCGGUACAAAACAAGCACGAGACACGGGCCGCAAGCUUCGUGAACGCUACGACCACCUUGUAUCAGCAGAAAAGAGGGUGCGAUUCUGGUCUUGCGAUUCUGGACGCGAUGUAGAAACAGCCCGGUAUUUUGCAGACGGCUUCUUCGGCUCGGAUUGGGAAAGUAAAGGUGUAGCCGAGCUAGAGAUCAUUCCAGAGGAUGCUGAUCGAGGAGGGGAUACUCUCACUCCAGGAGAUACAUGUCUCCGGUAUGUGGACGAUCUUGUGCAUGGCCAUGACCAAGGUUAUGGCAAGCUCGAGGCCUAUCAAAAGCACUUCACUGCACCCAUUAUCACGAAUCUUUCGAAGGCCGCUCCCGGCUUGGAGUUCAGUCACCUGGAUGUCUACAGCAUGAUGGAGAUGUGCGGGUUCGAGAUUCUUGCACGAGGAAGCAGUCCCUGGUGCGAAAUCUUCACACGUGAGGAAUGGCUCCAAUUCGAGUACGCUCGGGACCUGCUACAUUUCUAUCGGGCUGGACCUGGGAACGAAUUCUCACGGACAAUGGGUUGGCUUUAUCUCAACGCCACGGCCGAUCUAUUGAUGCAACCGUUGUCGAAAGACGUAUAUCUGAGCUUUGUGCACGACGGAGAUAUCGUGCCACUUCUGGCAGCCCUGCGAAUUCUUGAUGAAGAUGGCAAGCAGGAGCUGCCGACAGACCGCCGGUCAGCGGGCAGACGCUGGAAAACGAGUGAUGUCGUACCGAUGGGAGGACGAGUCUUGUUCGAGCGCAUUGCCUGUGGUCAUGAGCAAGACAGCCUCCAAAGAUUCAUGCGACUAUCUAUCAACGAUGGUAUCGUCAGCAUUCCAGGCCUCACCACGUCGCCGAUUGUACCCUACGGCGUCCCGGUCAAAGAUUUCUGGAAGUUUGUUGAGUUCAAGUUGACCGAGUACGGUGAAUUCCCCGAAGUGUGCGGGCUGCCAGCAGGAGCUGCUUCUAGAAUCACUUUCCUCCAUCAGUGA